GCUGUCAAAAUUUGUUUACCCUACGAAAGAAAACAACACGCUGCCGCUAAAGUUGCCGCAGCAGCUUCGUUUUACCAAAAAAGAGAGUAAAUUGUGCUUCUAAAACCGUAAAACAUUAUAACGCACACAUGGAGGAAGUUCAGCGUCACUCGGUGCACACGUUGGUGUUCCGUUCGUUAAAGCGUACGCAUGAUUUUUUCGUCGCCAACCAAUCGCUGCUGCCGGAGAUCGACGAAACACUUGAAAAGUUGAAAUACAACAUUAAAGCUCGGGACACGUAUGGGUUGGUUUUCGACCGUGCGGCCAAGGCAAAAGCGCUGGCAGCGAAGCGGGGCGAUAGUGACCGGAUCGAGGGACAGCAUGGCGGCAAGGAUGGCGUGUUGGCAAUAACAGCCGCCGGCGAACAGGAAGGAAGCGCACCGGAUGGUACAAAUGGUCAGAUGGCGCUGGUUCCUGCCUCUACCCCGACACCCCAGGCUGCCUCCAACGCGGUGCAAAUACUGCCAAAGAAAGCGCCCACCAUCCCGAAACCGAAAUGGCACGCCCCGUGGAAGCUGUGCCGCGUCAUUUCGGGCCAUCUGGGCUGGGUGCGUUGCGUUGCGGUGGAGCCGGGCAACGAGUGGUUCGCUACGGGUGCCGCCGAUCGGGUGAUUAAAAUUUGGGACCUGGCCAGCGGCAAGCUGAAGCUCUCGCUUACCGGCCACGUCAGCACGGUGCGGGCGCUGGCGGUAAGCCCGCGGCAUCCGUACCUGUUCAGCUGCGGCGAGGACCGGCAGGUGAAGUGCUGGGACCUGGAGUACAACAAGGUGAUCCGGCACUACCACGGCCACCUGUCGGCGGUCUACACGAUGUCGCUGCAUCCGACGAUCGACGUGCUGGUGACGGCCGGGCGCGAUUCAACGGCGCGCGUGUGGGACAUGCGCACCAAGGCCAACAUCCACACGCUGACCGGGCACACGAACACGGUCGCGAGCGUGGUAACGCAGGCGGCCAAUCCGCAGAUCAUCACCGGCAGCCACGACUCGACCGUGCGGCUGUGGGAUCUGGCCGCCGGCAAGAGCAUGUGCACGCUGACCAACCACAAGAAGAGCGUGCGUGCGAUCGUGCUGCAUCCGUCGCUGUACAUGUUUGCGUCGGCCUCGCCGGACAACAUCAAGCAGUGGCGCUGCCCGGAGGGCAACUUCAUCCAGAACCUGGGCGGCCACAACUCGAUCGUGAACUGUAUGGCGGUCAAUCCGGAGGGGGUGCUGGUGUCGGGCGGCGACAAUGGUACAAUGUUUUUCUGGGACUGGCGCACCGGGUACAACUUCCAGCGCUUCCAGGCGGCGGUCCAGCCGGGCUCGAUGGACAGCGAGGCGGGCAUUUUCUCGAUGACGUUCGACCAGUCCGGCUCGCGGCUGAUCACGACCGAGGCGGACAAGACGAUCAAGAUCUACAAGGAGGACGACGAGGCGACGGAGGAGUCGCAUCCGAUCAACUGGCGGCCGGAAAUUAUUAAGCGUAGAAAGUAUUAAGCAGGAGCGUCUCAACUUUGUACGGAAAUACAUUUAAUUUUAAUGCGAACAAUGGUAA